AUGGCUUCCUCGUCAACAACGAAUAACGAUUGGAAGCAGGGUCUAGUAGCCCCUCCCAAAGAUUUACGUCCUCAAACCGAGGAUGUGACAGCAACACAAGGAUCAUCGUUUGAUGACUUCGACUUACGAAGAGAAUUAUUGAUGGGGAUCUACACAGCUGGAUUUGAGAGACCUUCACCUAUUCAGGAACAGGCUAUUCCUAUGGCUUUGACUGGACGGGACGUCUUAGCUCGUGCAAAGAACGGUACUGGAAAGACCGCAUCAUUCAUCAUCCCCACUCUUAACCGAAUCAACACUUCAUUCUCCCAUAUUCAAGCAGUCUUACUCGUCCCUACUCGAGAAUUGGCUUUACAGACAUCACAAGUAUGUAAAACCCUCGGAGCUCAUAUACCAAAUCUACAAGUCAUGGUCACAACCGGUGGCACAACCUUAAGAGACGAUAUCCUCCGAUUACAAGAACCAGUCCAUAUACUGGUGGGUACACCUGGAAGAAUCUUGGAUCUGGGUGGGAAAGGUAUAGCGGAUUUGAGGAAAUGUGGUAUAUUCGUCAUGGAUGAAGCGGAUAAAUUGUUAAGUGAAGAAUUUACACCGGUCAUAGAACAGUUGUUGAACUUGUGUCCACAAGAAAGACAAGUUAUGCUGUUCUCUGCUACUUUCCCUUGGAAUGUCAAGGAAUUCUCUGAUCGUCAUAUGGUACAACCGUUCGAAGUCAAUUUAAUGGAUGAACUCACUUUGAAAGGUGUCACACAGUAUUAUGCAUAUGUGGAAGAAAGACAAAAAGUACAUUGUCUCAACACGCUCUUCUCCAAACUCCAAAUCAACCAAUCUAUCAUCUUCUGUAACUCCACCAACCGAGUCGAAUUGCUGGCCAAGAAAAUCACAGAACUCGGUUAUUCAUGUUUCUACUCUCACGCCAAAAUGCUUCAAGCUCAUAGAAAUAGAGUAUUCCACGAUUUCAGGAAUGGUAUGACACGAAAUUUAGUCUGUUCAGAUCUCUUGACUCGUGGUAUCGAUAUUCAAGCUGUUAACGUUGUGAUUAACUUCGAUUUCCCUCGUACUGCUGAGUCCUAUCUCCAUAGAAUCGGUCGAUCUGGUCGAUUCGGUCAUCUUGGUCUUGCCAUCUCCCUUCUCACUCUCGAAGACAGACAUAAUCUAUAUAGAAUCGAAUCUGAACUAGGAACUGAAAUUGCCCCUAUCCCUGCUGUUAUCGAUCCUGUAUUAUACGUUGCUCCCUCCGCUCCCGAAGAACCAUCACCGCCACCAAGAGCUGCUGCUCCUAAAGCGCUGCCUCCUUCUAAACCCGCUCAACAACAAACUUACGCUCAACCUCCUCAACAGCCGCAACAGCAACAACCACCUGCUCAAGCUCAAGCUCCAUCACCUGCUCAACAGGAUGGGGUGACUCCCCCUAAUGCUCAGAAUGGACGAGGCGGUAGACCCAACAAUGCUCCUAGAGCACCCAACCCCAAUGGAAGAGGCGGACCACCAGGUCAAGCAAGGGGUGGUCAACCUGGCGGAGGAAGAGGUAGAGGUGGCAGUGGAGGAGGUAGAGGUGGAAGAGGUGGUGGACCAGGUCAACAAGGUCAGAGUAAUGGUCAACAAGGUGCCCCCGCUGCUGCCAGGGCGUAA